AUGCCUAAUCCAUCGAAUUUACCAUUAACAUCGAAUCAAGUUGGUGGUAAUUUUACAAAUAAAACAAUUAAAUGUGUUUGUGUAGGCGAUGGUUGUGUUGGUAAAACAUCUAUGCUUAUAUCAUAUACAACAAAUACAUUUCCACAAUCUUAUGUUCCAACUGUAUUUGAUAAUUAUUCUGUUACUGUAAUGAUUAGUGGUGAACCUUAUACACUUGCACUAUUUGAUACAGCUGGUCAAAGUGGUUUCGAAUUAAUGCGUACAUUUUCUUAUACUAAUACUGAUGUAUUUCUUGUUUGCUUCAGUGUUAUGUCUCCAGCAUCAUUUAAUAAUGCUCUUAAAAUGUGGAUUGAUGAAAUUCGUCAAUCAUCAUCAUCACGUACAGCACCAUUUCUUCUUGUUGGAACAAAAAUUGAUCUUCGUACAAGUAUAGCUGAUGUUGAGUUAUUAGCUAAAUCAAAACAAAAACCAAUAACACGUGAACAAGGUGAACGUGCAGCUAAAGAAUAUGGUGCAUAUGGUUAUGUUGAAUGUUCAGCAUUAACACAAGAAAAUCUUAAAGAAACAUUUGAUGCAGCUAUUUUAGCUGCACUUACUCCAACAUCAACAAAACGUACAGGAAUAUCAUGUUGUUGUUCAUAA